AUGGCGACCACGACUCAACAGAAACUCCACCAUUCUACAUCUCAUACUCGAACCCUAGAUCUCGCCUCCUUCUGUUCCUAUAUCCCUUUGGCACUUACCGAUUCUUGUCCCUUCCCCGAGACAAACGUCGGUUACCUAAACUCAAAUCCUCUAAGGAUACCUGCUCCACCAUUUUAUUUAAGCAGACCAACUUUUGGAGAUGCAGAAAUAGACAGAGCAUCAUUGAAGAUUGGAGAAAAGAUUGCAUCUGGAUCAUGUGGUGAUUUGUGUGAGUGUGAAGAAGGAUGUGAUCGUGACAAUCUCUUCUUGUGCAUGGUUGGUGAGAAGAAGGAUAGAGUUACUGAUGCUCUAAAUGCUACAAAGGCUGCAGUUGAAGAAGGAAUUGUGCCAGGUGGUGGUGUUGCUCUUCUAUAUGCUUCAAAGGAGCUUGAUAAUCUUGUUACAGCUAAUUUUGAUCAGAAGAUUGGUGUUCAAAUAAUUCAAAAUGCUCUCAAGGCACUGGUGUACACAGUAGCUGCGAAUGCAGGAGUAGAGGGUGUUGUUGUUGUUAGGAAACUAUUAGAGAAAGAUAACCCCGACCUUGGAUAUGAUGCUGCUAAAGUAAUCAUGAUCAGUUGCAAACCACAAGUGGAUGAGCUGAGAACUAACUCGGUUAAUUCCCGGGCUUUGAGAAUUCCAUUCCCGUGGUUGGUCUUUAAUGAGAAGAUCAAAGCGAACUCUGUUUUUCUCCUGGAUAUGACUGUUGUUUCCGAUUCCGUCAUGCUACUGUUUGGUGGAAGCAUCUCAAAAGGCGAUAUAGAGAGUCUAUUACCUUUUCUUACUCCAUUCCUUUUUGAUUCCAUUCCAUUUCAUGAUAUGAAACAGGAUGGGCACUUGAAAAUGUUGGGAGGAUACUUGGAGUUCUUCAUGGAACCUUCAUUGGCUGAACUGUAUCACAACUUAAGAAAAGAUCUCUAUGAGUUAUUCCAGUAUAAAUUUUUUGAUACUUCUGUUUAUGGUAGUGGGUUUCCACGUGCAGCUGAUGAAAGACCAUCACCAUUGGUAUAUAUAGCUUGA